GGCAGUGCAGUGCAAGGCCGCCCCACACCUGCCCCAUUUGGAGCCGCUGUCAAUCCCACCCCCUCAGCCCACCUGACACUUGACUCUCUGCCCUCUUUUCCCUCCUCUCCCGUGGCGACUGCCUGCAGGCUCUAUCCAGUGCGCCCCUCGGCUCCACCGCAGCCUCUGGGGGGCUUCAUGGUGUGGGAAAGCGCCUUUGUCCGUCCCUCUGUCCUGUGCGUGUGGCCGUGCCUGGGGUAGACGGUGCUCAGACAUCGGGGCGCGGAUGCCGAGGAGGAGCUGACAGGAAGCCUCUGAGCGCCUCCAGCCAUGGAGCCGCCGUCCAGAGCCGCCGUCUGGGUCCUGUGCUGCUUCCUGCUGCACCACAGCCGGGGGGACAGGCCCCCCGGGUCCCACCUGGACGAGACGGCCAUCGCAGAGUUCUGUCGAAUCGAUAAGCCCUUGUGUCACAAUGAAGAUGAGCAGCUCAGCUUUGAAGCCGUCCGCAACAUCCACAAGCAGAUGGAUGAUGAUGCCAAUGGCAACGUGGAUGUAGAGGAGAGCGAUGAGUUCCUGAGGGAAGACUUAAAUUAUCACGACCCGACAGUUAAGCACAGCACCUUCCAUGGAGAGGACAAACUCAUUAGUGUGGAAGAUCUCUGGAAGUCCUGGAAGACAUCUGAAGUGUAUAACUGGACGGUUGACGAGGUGGUGCAAUGGCUUAUCACUUAUGUAGAGCUACCGCAGUACGAAGAUACCUUCAGGAAGCUGCAGCUUAGUGGACACGCCAUGCCCAGGCUAGCAAUCAACAAUGCCACCAUGAUGGGAACAGUAUUGAAGAUGACUGACCGGAGCCACAGGCAGAAGCUGCAGCUGAAGGCUCUGGACACGGUGCUGUUUGGGCCUCCUCUCUUAACUCGUCAUAACCACCUAAAGGAUUUCUUGCUGGUGAUUUCCAUUGUCAUUGGAGUGGGUGGAUGCUGGUUUGCCUUCAUCCAGAAUCGCUACUCAAAGGAGCACAUGAAGAAGAUGAUGAAAGACCUAGAAGGACUUCAGAGAGCAGAGCAAAGUCUCCAUGACCUGCAAGAGAGGCUGCACAAGGCUCAGGAGGAACACCGCACGGUGGAGGUGGAGAAAGUGACGCUGGAGCAGAAGCUGCAGGACGAGAUAAGCAUCGCCAAGCAGGAGGCCCACCGGCUCCGGGAGCUGCGCGAGGGCACCGAGAAUGAGCUGAGCAGACAGAAGUACGCGGAGCAGGAGCUGGAGCAGGUUCGGAUGGCGCUGAGGAACGCGGAGAAGGAGCUCGAGUCGCACAGCAGGUGGUCCGCCCCCGACGCCUUGCAGAAGUGGUUGCAGCUGACACACGAGGUGGAGGUCCAGUACUACAACAUCAAGAAGCAGAAUGCAGAGAAGCAGCUGCUGGUGGCCAAGGAAGGGGCUGAAAAAAUCAAAAAGAAGCGGAACACUUUGUUUGGCACGUUUCACGUGGCUCACAGCUCGUCCCUUGAUGACGUGGAUCACAAAAUCUUAACUGCGAAGCAGGCCUUGAGCGAGGUGACGGCCGCCCUGCGGGAGCGCCUACAUCGCUGGCAGCAGAUCGAGGUGCUCUGCGGCUUCCAGAUUGUCAGCAACCCCGGCAUCCAUACGCUGAGUGCAGCCCUGAACAUCGACCCCAGCUGGAUGGGCACGCCCCGGCCUACCCAGGCCCACUUCAUCAUGACCGAUGACGUGGACGAUUUGGAUGAAGAGAUCGUCUCUCCUAUGUCCAUGCAGUCCCCUGUCUUGCCGAGCGGUGUCCGCCAGCGCCUCGUGGACCCCCAGCACGCCCUUGGAUCUCAGAGGUUGGUAGAGAGUUACGUGCAAGGCCAGAAUGACUUGGGCCAGCCUGUUCAUUACCUGGCAGGCCGAGUGUCUCUCCGUCGAAUGCACAGCCUCACCGGUGGACAAUCUCUCAGUUCCGACCUGCACGGAACCGGCCCAUCAUCAGCCACCACCACCUCUUCCUCCUCUUGCUCUUCUGCCUCCACCACCACUGCAUCUGCUCCUGCUUGCCAUGCUCACCCUAUCUAUUACCAUCACACCACCUCCUCUUAUUUCCUCCAGAUGGACUCCAUCCCCGACCUGCCCCCUCCUGAUGUCACCUCUGGGAUCCGCUGUCGCACUGAGAGCUUUGGAGACCUCACUCGCUCCGAGUCCGACUCCUCUAUCCCGCACAUGAGCGACCACCAGCGCGUCUGCAGUCCUGCCUCCAAGCUGCUGGUGGCCAGGCCCAACCUGCUGGGCCGAAGCGUGGAGGAGGCGGCUGCCGCCCUGUGUGGGCCCACCUCCAACGGCGGCAGCCGGCACGCCGAGGCCUUUGCCUUGGAGCGGCUGGCCGAGAGCCCCCGGGUGAGGAACAAGGUGAUGGCAGUGAACCACGGCUUGGAGAAGUCCUGCAGCCUGGGCGAGAUGGGCCAGGUGGCAGGCAGCAAGCACAGCCACUCGGAUUCUUCCCACUCCCACAGCCCCAGCUCCACCGAGCCCGACACCCCGUCCCCCACCUCUGACUCCCGGCCUGGCAACGCCAAGAUCACCCGCAUCCCGCAGCUGGCCGCCAAGAAGAGCCCCGGGGAGGAUGACAGCGGCUCUACGGGCGAGGAGACUGACUCCAGCCAGGGCAAGAAGAAGUUCCCUCUAAAGAUCUUCAAGAAGCCCAAGAAGUAGGAAGCCGAGGGAGAGGAGGAGGUGGACCCCCGCCACGGCCUGGCCCGGCGCCACGCCAAGGGACAGCCCUGCCGCUCGCUGCCACCCGUGCCCUCUGCCCGCCGCGAGGAGGACCGGCUUCACCCUAUUUAUUUCCCGGGCGCCGGGAAGCCAGCCAGCCCCUCCGCGGGCCUAGCCCCUCGCUUCUCUGUGCAUGGCUUCUGGCUGCUCUGUUCUCGUGCAGCCUCAUGGUGCAGGGGCUUCAGCUCAGCGGGGGGUGGGGGUGGUAUAUUUUUGGUUCUUUUUUUUUUCCCUAGCUGCCUUUUUCUGGACUCUGCAUCAGCAUGAGACCCCGGGUGUGCACGGAGGGGGCUCUCGGAGACCCGCACCACUCGUGCCAGCCCCUGCCCCCCUUGGGAGACCAGACGGCCUGUGUGGUGAGGUGGGAGCGUCCUGUGUACAGGGCUCUCAGCCCCCUCGCGGCGGCUGCUUCUGACGCUUGAUGCCUCGCGGAGCCCCCCACCCACGUGGCCUGGGGAAGGAACAGGAGCUUGCUGGCACGGGGAGAGCAUCAGCCCACGCCAGCCCCCUCUGGUUCCCAGCUGCUCCCGCACCUGCCUGGCGGAGAAAAGGGCGGUGGCAGUGCUGGCCAUGGGGGCAAGAUGCCAACUUUCCCUCCCACCCGCCCAGGCCUCUGGCCUUGUCUGAGGCCCAAAGCCUGUCACACUCGGGCAGCUGGGCCACACAGCCCUGCUAGAAUGAUGGGAAGGAAACAGUGAGGCAGGGGGACAACCCGUCCUUGCUUUAGGGCUCAGGCACCCACUGCUAUUCUUGGGGGCCCACUAGCUCCCACGCCCCUGGUCCCAAGCCUUUCAGCGGCCUCCCCGCUCUUCCCAGCACACCAGACCACUUCCUGCCCGCAGCCGCGCUCAGUGAGGGCAUGAGACACCUUGCAAAGGGGCGCAUGGGCCAGGGUGCAGGACGGAGCAAGAGGCAUCAGUUGCUGUUUUGUGCGCGCCAGCAACCGGCAACUCGACCAAGUGCCUGCACUGCCCAUGCCCACAGGCGGGAGAGAGAUGCCGGGGUGCAGGAUGGACACAAUCAACGAGGGAGCUGGGGGCUCCAGGGCCUGGGGGAGCCUCCUGCCUUGUGAUGCAGGACCCGAUGCCGGCCUUGUGCCUGCGGACUCACCCCGAGGUAGCUCCGCGCACCCGCGGCAGCCCCUUCCCCAUCGGCGGUGUUUGUCAUGCCGUGAGACUUUUAAGCCAAUAAAGCAUGUCGGGGAUUUUA